GGGGGCUUCUCCAGAAGGACGGAGAAAAACAACAAGCUCCGUGCAGGGGCAGUAGCAGAAGGCAGAGUUUUAAUACUGCUGCUGAGGCGGCACAGAAAGGGGCACGCAGGGACGUUAAACCGCACAUGCCGACUCAAAAUGUGCAAGACGUGCGUGUGAAUCAAUGAAGAAUGGGAGUCCUACAUGAACACUUACGCGAGAGUAACCCCAUUGAACUCAGCAGGACUUACUUUUGCGUAACAGGGCAUGGAAUCGGGCUGUAAUGCUGAGCACGUUUGGUGCACUGAGCUGUGACGCGCGGGCUCUCUUUGGAGUAAAAGUGCAUGGGAUCGGGGUGAAGGCAUGAUUUUUCACUGGGUGUGUCUGAAAUUGUUACUCCUUUGUUAGUGAGGUGCAGUACUGAGACUCCAGCGAGUCCAAACGUGGGGUUGAUCUGAAGUGAAAUGUUUAAGCACCAAUUCGGCUGUAGUCUUUGGCUCUUCGACACAUCCUACAAACAUGGCCUGCAUCUCCCCCUCCCUCUCUAAAGCACCCCGCUCCUUUCCUUUCCCUGUUCUCCUUGCAGCCUGGGAAGGUAAGUCCGUUAACUUCAAUGGGGCUGAACUACUUGGCUGAAAGGAUUGUGUUUACGAUUGAUGCUGCCGUACCGUAGCCAGGGGGGCUUGCUCCUUCGCGGGGGGUGGCCCACAGCAUUGCAGCCUUUAAUAUGGCAGGCUUGAAUUGUGCUUUUCUUCGAGAGGCCUCCUCCUUCCUGCCCUUUCCUUUCGCCUCCCUUUUGUUUUUGCAAGGCAGAAGCAACCUCACCAGAGCCAGCGGCCGAGAGAGAUGUUGCAAGCUGCAGUGCCACACGCUGAGCAGAUCGGGGUGUUCCCUCCCGCGUCCCGCCCCCGCUCCUGAAAGAGUUCCUGGAAAAGCUGAUUGCUAGCCAACAUUUGACAAUUCUGCUACAAGAUGAAAUCUUUGCUGACUUCUUCAACACUUUCCUGAAUCUUCCUGUGUUUGGACAGACACCCAUCUUCAUGUGCGACACUCGUCAGUGGUAUCUUUGGCCGGAGUUACCGUGCCACCUGAUCUCAAAGCACAAAGGCUUGUUGAACUGGUUGGAAAAACAUCGACUGCCCUACUUUUGCAAAACCAAUUUGUGCCUUCAUUAUCUUCUUUGCGUGGAGCUCAUCAGUUUCAUCCGGUCUCCAGAGGCAGCGGAUAUGCUGAGAUGGAAAAAGGCUGACCAGUGGCUUCUUGAGAAGUGCAUUGGAGGGAGCAGGGGAAUGUGGCGCUUCCGUUCCUUUAUGCAAGGAAUGGCAGGUGAAGAGCUGACCAAGUUCUGGCUAGCUGCAGAAAGAAUACUCGGGAUUGAUGAAACAGAUGAAGCUCAGCAAGAUCUUUAUGUGUCCCUGAUCCAGGUGUUGAUGGCCACCCACCUGCAGGAGGGCUCCACAGUUGUCACUCUCUGCAACACAACCAUUGAAUCACUAUUGAAAAUGACUGCCUGGCAUCCUCAUCAUACCCGCACGCGGAGAGAAGUCCUGAGUGAGAUGCAGAAAGUGGCCCUGUUCAAGAUCGAAAGUUACUGGCUCCCAAACUUCUACAUUCACUGCAAGUUGAGCAUGGAGGAUGAGCCAAAAUGCCUCCAUUUGCUUGAGGAGUAUGAAGAACGGUUAUGCAGGGCUGGCUUGCCGAGGCAAUCACUGACUCCUCGGUCAGCUAUGGGCAUCAGAAAAAGCAGCACUACAACAGUGUCCUACUGCAGCUUGAAAAGCAAGAAGGAAGUCUGGGAACAUGUAAGAGGUGAAGUGCAUCCUCCAAAAAAGAGAAAACACAAAGAGGGCGAGUAUGGACACCACAGAAAGCAAAAGUCCCGUAAAAGCAACCCAGCAGAGAAAAGUGCUAAUGGUAGUCCCGCAGAGAAGAGUACUAAGGGUAGUCCCGCAGAGAAGAGUACUAAGGGUAGUCCCGCAGAGAAGAGUACUAAGGGUAGUCCCGCAGAGAAGAGUGCUAAUGGUAGUCCCACAGAGAAGAGUACUAAGGGUAGUCCCACAGAGAAGAUUGCUAAAAGCACUCCAGCAGACAAGAAGCACCAGCACCCUGAAACAUCUGCCUCAAGACCAAGUUCUUGUCACACAGAUCAUGUCAUGCAUCCAGUCAAGGUCAUUGUUUCUGAUGAAUUGCCAAGGUUCCAAAGCAGUCCAAGCGACCUCCCGUCCUCUCCUCUGUCAGAUGAGGUUGCUCAGAAGAGCACCUUAAGAAAACUGCGCUCUUCCACCCCUGUGGUCCAAUUCCCUUCAAUGCUUGCUCUGAAAACCAUAGUGAAGUCUCCCUUUUCCUUAAAUUUCCUCCCUUGGGUGCUCAUUGCAGACAAAUGUGCGGGGCGUCCUUUCCGGGAGUUUUUGCUGCAUAGGAAUUAUACACUGGAGGUGCAUCUCCUUGAUUUGUGGCAUGACCUGGAGGACUUUCUGCGCAUGAUGUUAUGCUCCCUUGGUGAAGGGAACAUCCUUCUGCGUCAUGUGAUGGGUGAAAGGAUAUGUGAGCUCUACCUGACUCAGAGCAACAACUGGCACCUUCCUUUGAAGCUAACAACUCUCAAGAGUUUGCAGAAUCUUUUACCUUCUGGACAUGUCAUACCCUGGGUACUAAAGGCACAGAAGGAAAUCUGUAAGACACUCAGCUUUCUCUAUGAGGAGUUCCUACAGAAUGAUGACAAAAUGUUCCUGUAUUAUGUGAGCGGCAAGGAAAAGAAACCAAGUGAAGAAGUGCCUUACCAAAAGGAUGAGCUCCUCCGACUAGUCAGAAGGAUAACUGAAUCCCUGCAUCUGAGCCAGGCCUUAGCUGGAAUGCGAGACUUCGAUCUGCUGGCUGGAGAACACUGGCAAUUGCUGGGCACUCAGGAUCUGGGCAUGGGUGGUUCUGUCUUUAUGGAGUUGGAACCCAUCACACACAAGCUGGAUUACAGCAGCAUGGCGUUUGAGGAACUGGCCCGGCUGAACCCCAAGUUGGCUGUGGAGCUGCUCAGCAGCAACUUCAAGGAAUUCUGCAAGCGUUGUCCCUCCGGUGCAGGUGUAUUCGCUCGGCCAAUAGUUCCAAGAAGGAGCCUUCACUGGAACAGAUCAAGUUUGUCCUUCAUGAGGAAGGGGACUAGCACGAGAAAGCCCCUUGUGAAGCCCAGAAUGAUCUUGGAAGUCCUGCAGAAUCCUACCCAUCUGGAUUACUUCAGGAAGUUCCUCAAGAUGAACAGUGCUGAAGCCCCACUUCUUUUCUGGAUGGCCGUGGAAGACAUUAAAAAUGAGGCUAACCUCAAGAAUCAGCGUAUGCAGAUCAAUGACUGUGUUAGAAUGUACUUCUUCAACAGCAUCCCGCCCGAGAAGCUGCUGCGGUGCGAUGCUGAUAUAAUCAGAGAGAUUCCAAGGGCAAAACACGUCACCCUUGCCAUGCUGAUCACAGCACAAGCCUAUGUCAUGAAGGCCCUGGAAGAGCAAUGGUUUAAAACAUACCAAGACUUAUAUCCUGAGAGUGAUGGUUUAGAUGUGGCAUAUGGUGGGAGGUCAAACAGAGGUUCCCUGGGAGCAGGCAGGACGAAAAGGUGCUGGUAUAUGCUUUCCGCAUUCAUCAGGACUGUCUGCAGGUUCCGAAAGGCAAUGAGUUAUACAGCACCGCGGAGACAGUUUGAAGAAUUCCUCCACCGGGAACUCAAAAACGACAAAGAAAAUAUGUCACCCCAAGCCUCACCUCCAACCCGCAUGAGCAUUUGUACACCUGGCACACGUUUUGGAGCAUCAUCUGCCGGUGCUGGAGGAGAUGACUUUGAGGUGGUCCAAGUGAAGCGCAAAAUAUUUUCCAACCGCAUCGUCUCAGUCAACUUCUUGGUCAAUGAUCUCCAUUUUUACCUGGAGAUAGAAAAGUUUUUUCACUUGGCCGACUCAGUGGUAGUGCUGGCCGCCCUUGGGCUGUACACAGAAAAAGACAUUGCCUUUCUGAGGUCCAAAGUGUCCACCAUCAACAAACUCUUCCUGAAUUCCGAUAUCCCACCUAAAUUGAGGGUCAAUCUCACAGAACAACAGAGUGGACAAAUCCGGAGUUUAAUCGCUGAAGGUGUACUGAACAGGACUCUUUAUCACGGUGCUAUAAUCUCUCUCUUCCCGGUUUUAUUAUACUUCUGGAAGAAAUAUCGCACUGGGAAGGCAAUGAAGGGCUUCCAAAAACCCAAACCAAUUGAGAUAGUGGUUUCUCCUCCACCACCACCUCCCCCAAAGCCAUCAAGGAAACUCAGCAUGUACAGUGGAGAGGAUCAUCCAAUCAUCAGGUUUACUUUACUCAAAGGAAUCCAGCUGCUGUUGCCUCAGCCUAAGGAAGUGGUGGAAUCGCCUCUCACGAAGUCUUCAACAGGAAGCCUAGCCCAGACUAGAAAGUCUUCCAGUGCUCUGAUGGUCCAUAAACAAGGAGAAAGAUUAUCAGUCAUAGAUAUUUCAAAAAGGCUCUUCUAAAUCUCACGGCGUUCCUUGUCUGGGCGAGAUGGAAAGGGUCACUCCAGCCUUUUCUCACCAGGUGACACAGCACCACUGCAGCCAGAGCAUAAAAUUCAGAGAUUACAUUCCCAGUCAUGUCAUGGUGAAUGGUUAAUAAUAGAUGAGAGAAAGCCGCCGCUUCAAGCAAGCAAUGUCUGCACACCAAAAAAUGUGAAGAGCCACAAUAGCUACAGUAUAGACAAUAAAAGGUCCUUUCUGCCAAA